UCGAAGAAGAAAAAAGGCGGAAGUUAGCAACAUCUCCAAAACAGACGCCAGACAAAAGGCGAGCAUAAUAAAGAGUUUAAAAAAAAAAAACGUUCAAAAAUGUUAAAAACGAUGAUAAAGGAGCGACUCAUGGCGGCGGCUGAUGAAAUAUUCGCGCUGUUUGAAAGAACGAUAGCGUCGUACGAGGAGGAACUUUCUAGAACCAGCGAGAAGGAGCGACAUGGACAACAACUUGAAGCUGCUGCGUUUGACGACAAAGACGUCCAGCAGCCCCCCUGCAUUAAAGAUGAAGAGGAGGAACUGUGGACCACUCAGGCUGAUCUUGCCCAGUUGCCACUGACUGGUGUCUCUGUGAAGAUAGAAGAUGAUGAAGAGAAACCACCCGAGUCCUCACAGCUUCAUCGCAGAGGGGCGGAGCCUCCAAGCAGCAGCUCACAUCAACAGGAGACAACAGAGGCUGAGGGAGACCACUGUGGGGGAUCACAAGUGGACAAGCUCUUAGCUCCACUAUCAGAUAGUGACGACAUAACGUCUCACUCUCCUGAGGACGGAGACAGGGACGACACCCAAGAUGCUUUGAGCAGCGAUACAGACCGGGAAGGCGAUAUCAGGACUCACGCCGACUCACAGUGCUCCAAAAAGAAGACGCAUGAAAAACUUUUCACCUGCUCAAUUUGCGAUAAAAGCUUCUAUUACAAGAGUAAUUUAGCUCGACACAGGUGGACGCACUCAAAAGAAAAACCCUUUUCAUGCCCGGUUUGUGCCAAAAGCUUUUCCCAUAAGAGUAACCUGACCCGACACGCGCUGACACACACCGGAGAGAAACACUUUAGUUGCUCAGUUUGUGGCGACAAAUUCGCCUACAGCUACACGCUGGCCCGACACAUGCGCACGCACACCGGGGAGAAACCUUUCAUUUGCUCAGUUUGCGGCCAAAGCUACUCUCAGAAAUCAAACAUGGUCGCGCACAUGAAAACGCACUCAGGAGAAAAACCCUUCAGUUGCUCAAUUUGCGGCAAGAGGUUCACUCAGAAGGUGAACAUGGCGUCGCACUUGGCGACGCACGCAGUGGAAAAACCUUUUCGAUGCUCAGUUUGCGGCAAAAGUUUUUGCUACCAGAAAAGUUUGACGGCGCACAUGUUGGCACACAACGGAGAAUAAAUGUUUUCUUCUUCAUCCAUCUUCUUCCGCAUAGCCACAAUCGGGUUGCGGGGGCAAUAGCCUAAGCAGAGAAGCCCAGACUUCCCUCUUUUCCAGGCGAGAACCAUGGACUUGGCUUUGAAGUGCUGAUUUCUCAACCCAAUCGCUUCACACUCGGCUGCGAACCGAUCCAGCGGGAGCUGAAGAUCCUGGCCAGAUGAAGCCAUCAGGACCACGUCAUCUGCAAAAAAACAGACCUAAUCCUGCAGCCACCAAACCGGAUCCUCUCAACACCCUGACUGCGCCUAGAAAUUCUGUCCAUAAAAGUUGUAAACAGAAUCGGUGACAAAGGGCAGCGCUGGCGGAGUCCAACUGCCAGGUUCAAACACCGAACUAUCUAUUAAACUGGACAAGAAGCAAGGAAUCAAACAGAGACAGGAUUCAAUUUGGACCUGCACCCUCGUACAGGUCACCCCACGCUCUGAGGAAAAAGUUCCACGCCUCCCCAUUUAUUUGGGCAUUCCCUGAUAAGGCCCUUCCUGUGGCUGUCCAAGAUCUGAGAAACCGACACCUCUACGGCGCAUUCCAUCGCACACAGUGGAGAUUUACAAGCUGUACAAUGAUUAAUUUACUGGUCUUAUUUCAAAAUAUUAUUGAUAUUUUCACCUAUAAACACACUUUUUUAGCACAAACGUACAUACGUUUACACAUAUUUAGGCACAUACAAGUACUAAGUGACAGUAACAACAAUAAAUAGGUAAAUAGAUGUAUCUUCUAUACAAUGAUUAAUUUACUGGUCUUAUUUCAAAAUAUUAUUGAUAAUUUCACCUAUAAACACUUGUUUUUUUAGCACAAACGUACAUACGUUUACACAUAUAUAGGCACAUACAAGUACUAAGUGACAGUAACAACAAUAAAUAGGUAAAUAGAUUUAUCUUCUAUACAAUGAUUAAUUUACUGGUCUUAUUUCAAAAUAUUAUUGAUAAUUUCACCUAUAAACACUUUUUUUUUUUAGCACAAACGUACAUAUGUUUACACAUAUUAAGGCACAUACAUAUACAAGUACUAAGUGACAGUAAUAACAAUAAAUAGGUAAAUAGGUUUAUCUUCUAUACAAUGAUUAAUUUACUGGUCUCAUUUCAAAAUAUGAUUGAUAAUUCCACCUAUGAACACUUUUUUUUUAGCACAAACGUACAUACGUUUACACAUAUAUAGGCACAUACAAGUACUAAGUGACAGUAACAACAAUAAAUAGGUAAAUAGAUUCAUCUUGUAUACAAUGAUUAAUUUACUGGUCUUAUUUCAAAAUAUUAUUGAUAAUUUCACCUAUAAACACACUUUUUUUUUUAGCACAAACGUACAUACGUUUACACAUAUUUAGGCACAUACAAGUAUUAAGUGACAGUAACAACAAUAAAUAGGUAAAUAGAUUUAUCUUCUAUACAAUGAUUAAUUUACUGGUCUUAUUUCUAAAUAUUAUUGAUAAUUUCACCUAUAAACACUUUUUUUUUUUUAGCACAAACAUACAUAUGUUUACA